GGAAGCCCAUGGACUCGGGUCGGGCUUGGGCCUUAUUUUGAACCUCCCUGGCCCAACACGAUACAAUGUUGGCAUGUCGUAGGCCCGAUCCGAUUAGGCCCAUGGACUCGACCCGAUUUCCGGCCCGACCCACGGCCAUCUUUAGGUGAAACCCCCGAAAGGCGUUUCGAAAAGUCUUAAAACGUUUCUUUUUAUUUAAAACGUUUCUUAAUGCUGGACCUUCAAAGUAGGCUGGGAAACGCUGUUUAUUGGAAAUACGACCCGUUUCCUUCUUAAAACCCCCAAUGGCCAAUUCUCAAUGAUAGAACAUACUCGCAGCUUUCCUUCUUCCUCUGGUACUCCCUUCACCGCCGAUUGUCACUCUUCCCCGCCGGUUGUCAGGUUCGUCGGCGCCGGCGUCGAGCCUUUGUAGGGUUCAAUUGGCGAUUUAGAAUGAUUUGGGAUGCAAACCUCUCUAGUUGCCGUUUUUUCGUUUUGUGGAGGAGCUGUCGAUGCUUCUGCUCCUCCACUUUUGGCCAAUUGAAGAGAUCAAAGUCCAUACCUACUCAAUCAUCACAAAAGCUUGGAAACCUUCUUGUUGCAGCCCAUAUCACCAAAACUUUGUCUCGAUCUGGAACGCAAAAUCUUGAUGCUGACUCCAUACCUUUCUCUGAGAGUCUUGUUCAGCAUGUUCUUAGAAAGACUUCCCUUGACCCUUUCAAAAAGAUUGAGUUCUUCAAGUGGUGCUCUGACACGCAUGGUUAUAAACACUCUACAGAAGCCUAUACCCAGAUAUUUCGUGUACUUUGUCGUACGAGGAGUCGCAGUCACCUUAAUGAUAACGUGGUGCAAUAUUUAUUUAGUGCCAUGAAGAAUGAUGGUGUCCUCGUUGAUUCAGCCAUCUUUAAGCUUCUGCUUGAUGCAUUUAUUCACUCUGGUCAAAUUGAUUCUGCUCUUGGAAUUCUUGAUCAGAUGGAAGAUUUAGGAGCUACUUUCAGUCCCCACAUGUAUAAUUCUGUUGUCAUUGCUCUGGUUCGAAAAAACCAGCUUGGUUUAGCUUUAACUAUGUUUACCAGACUACUAGAAACCUCUAGUGGUGGUGUAGCUACUGUUCCUUGUGAGCCUGUUGCCUGCAAUGAAUUGCUUGUUGCUCUCAAAAGAGCUGAAAUGAAGGAAGAGUUCAGAAAAGUAAUUUCCAGUCUAAGAGAGAACAACAUUGCAUUGGAUACAUGGGGUUAUAAUAUAUGCAUUCAUUCAUUGGGGUGUUGGGGUGACCUAGAAGCUUCUUUCCGCCUUUUUAGGGAGAUGAAGGAAUCAAGUGCUGGUGCAUGCUGUGGUCCAGAUUUGUGUACAUAUAACAGUCUCAUCCAUGUACUCUGCUUACUUGGCAAGCUGAAGGAUGCACUUAUUGUCUGGGAAGAGCUAAAACACUCAGGUCAUGAGCCCGAUGCUUUCACCUAUCGUAUCCUAAUCCAGGGCUGCUCAAAAUCAUAUCAGGUUGAAGUUGCAACUAGAAUCUUUAAUGAAAUGCUCUGUAAUGGUUUCCAACCGGAUACUGUUGUAUACAAUUCUCUCCUAGAUGGUUUUCUAAAGGCUAGAAAGCUCUCAGAAGCCUGUCAACUUUUUGAGAAAAUGACGCAAGAUGGGAUUAGAGCAACAUGUUGGACAUAUAAUAUUUUGAUUGAUGGGCUAAUUAAAAAUGAUAGGGCAAUUGCUGGUUACACACUUUUUUGUGAUUUGAAAAAGAAAGGGCAGUUUGUUGAUGGCAUUACUUACAGCAUCAUAAUCAUGUAUCUUUGUAGGGAGGGGCAAAUUGAUGAAGCCUUGCAUCUGGUGGAAGAGAUGGAAAGCAGAGGAUUUGUUGUUGAUUUGGUCACCAUUACUUCACUCUUAAUUGGACUUUAUAAGCAAGGUCAAUGGAAUUCAACAGAACGGUUGAUGAGGUGUAUAAGAGAUGGAAAUUUGUUACAUAGUGUUCUCAGGUGGAAAGCUAAUAUGGAAGCUUCAAUGAAGCAACAACAGAAAACAAGAGAAGAUUACACCCCUAUUUUCCCAGCUCAAGGCAAUUUUAGUGAAAUUGUGGAUUUGCUCUCUGUUGAUGGUGGAACAGAUAGCGGCAUAGGAUCAGGUGAUGAAGAACUUUCAGAUAUGGAGUCAGGCUCUGCCGAUGUAGAUGAGUGGUCAUCAUCCCCUUACAUGGAUCAAUUGGCAAAUGAAGUCAAAUGUAACGGCCAAUUUUUCAAAUGGUUCUCCUUGUCCAAGGGUCGACGAGUUGAAGCAAAAGGGAUGAACUCUUUUGAUAUUGACAUGGUUAAUACAUACUUGUCCAUAUUUUUGGCAAAGGGGCAAUUGAGCACAGCCUGCAAACUGUUUGAGAUAUUCACUGAUAUGGGUGCUGAUGCUGGGAGUUACACGUACAAUUCCAUAAUGAGUUCUUUUGUGAAGAAGGGUUAUUUUGAUCAAACAUGGGGAAUUCUCAAUGAAAUGGGUGAGAACCUUUGUCCGGCAGAUGUAGCAACAUAUAACUUGGUUAUUCAAAGUUUGGGGAAGAUGGGAAGAGCAGAUCUAGCUAAAUCUAUACUAGACAAGCUUGUAAAGGAGGGUGGUUAUCUUGACAUUGUUAUGUACAAUACUCUGAUGAGUGCCCUUGGGAAGGCUGGUAGAGUUGAAGAAGCCUUGAAGCUUUUGAAGCAGAUGAGGAAAAGUGGGAUAAACCCUGAUACUGUCACUUUCAAUACACUAAUUGAAAUACAUACUAAGGUGGGUAGGCUAAAAGAUGCACACAAAUUCCUAAGGAUGAUGUUAGAUGCUGGUUGUUUACCAAAUAAUGUGACUGAUACAAUAUUAGAUAGGCUUGGGAAGGAGAUGGAGAAAUUCCGGCACCAGAAAGCACCAACCAAUGGCAAGGGCGCUGAUUAGAAUAUAUGAUUCUUGGUUUCAAGUUCAACACGUCGCAUUUUCCUAGCAUAUCGUAUCUCCUUUUCUUUUUCUUUUUAAUUGCGAGAGCCCAGGCAGCCUGAACCCACUAUUUGGGGAGUUUUAUUGUUGGUUGAAGAAAGUCGUUUUCAUUGCUUGAUUAUCCAUUAAUCUGGAGAGACAUGUCAAUGGAGCCAAAUUCUCCCUCCUCCUGGGAUUACCUUAUUCUCCUUUUCGUACGCCCUUCCCUCGCCCUUCUCUUUGUUCUUUUCGUCCUCCUCUUAGGUUGGUGGAUGGCGUGGAAAUUGGUGUUAGUUCAUGUUCCUUUGGUACAAGAAGUCUUUGGGUUGCGUAAAAAACCAACCAAACCCAAGAUUCCGGAGUGUCGCUUCUCUCAAUUCUACAACUCCCGUCAAAGUAAAAGUGAACAUUAGUAGAAGAAUUUCUUGAACUCUGGUGAUCUUGUGGUAUGUUCAGCAAAACAAUUGAGUGGAUUCUGCUUAUGUUUGAUGGGAGCAGCAAGAAUAACUCAUAGAGCUCAAGUAAUUGUGUUGGUGGCUACAAGGUGGGAUAUGCUUAUAACUAGUUGUUGCAGAGAAUGUGAUGGUACAAAUCUCAGCAAAGAUGAGACUCCACCAAUAAUAGAUACAUCUCCAACACCCAAUAAUGGCUCUUUGAAUCAAAGGUUGGAUGACUUUGAUAAGUCCUCGUUAGAAGAUGCUGUUGUCAAAGGCUCAAGGGAUACACAUUCCUUUAGAACCAGACAAGCUUUAGGUUCGGAUGGCAAGAAACAGUGGCUCUACUGGUGGCUCGCCUGAUAAUGAUGAGCAUGUUCCUGUAGUUGUAAACUCUCGGAUUCAGAGUCCUUAGGAGUCAUCUCCACUGAUCAGUCUAAUCCAUCCACAGUGACAGUUGCUCAACAAUCUGCCAAUGGAGAACAAAGUCAUUUCCGAAUUUUGGCUGCAGUCCUGGCCUUCUUUGUGACCUUAUUUGGUUUCAUCCGAUCAUCAACAACGAAAGUUUCUCGAAGAGUUACCACACUAAUUUUGAAUUUCGCACGCAGCCUUAAAGAAGAUUUGCAACGACCGUCAGUGGGUGUAGAUAUGACAGAGACAGAAUUCCGGUCAAUUACAGUGACAAGGCUUAGUGGUCUUGAAGAGAAGGUAAAUGCCUUACAGACAAAGCCAAUGCAGAUGCCUUCAGAGAAAGAGGAGUUGCUAAACGCUGCAAUAUAUCAAGUGGAUGCACUAGAAACAGAACUGAUGAAGCAGAACUAGAACGACAGGGAAUGAAACUGGAGAAGCUGAAACAGAAGUCAAACAGAAGUCCAAGGCGAGGCUCUUGAUCCGUCUUUGUGCAAGCUCUUGUCUCAAGGCAAUUUGUGCCUUUGUGGACAUUACUCGCAUAAGAAUGGAAGGCCUCCUUGCUGCAUUCCCCAAGUUGGUUGGGACAGGAAAGCAACAUACUUAUGUUGAAACUCAAAAUGUCAGAUAUGUGUACCAGCCUAUUGAAGCUCUUUACUUGCUCAGAUUGAUAUUUUGGAGGACUUGGAGACUUUACGGAUGCUUUCUAAAAUAGUACCAGAAUAUACUUACUCUUUGGACGAAGAAGGAAUAGGUAGAGCAGCAUUUGAGUUCAUAUUUGCCUUGGAUGAACUCAUUUCACUUGUACACAAAGAAACUGUCACUGUUGCCAGGUGAAGAGAAAUUGCACAAGCUGGUGAUGGCAAGCAAGAUCAAUGAAACCAUACAUGUAAUGAAGCGCAAAGCUAAUAAAAUUGAGAAAAACAAGGUAUACUUUGUUUGCCUCACUUCGUAGUUUCCAUCUGCCCUUUCACUUCAAAUUCCUCACUUUGAAAUGGUCGGUCCAACUUGAGGUAAUUUUGUUCAAAGAAUUUCUGCUAUGUUGGAAAUGAAUGAUGUUUCUGCAGUACUCUCCCAUAGGUCUCGCUUCUUUUGCAUGCUCUGCACCUUUAUUGUAAAUUUUACAAUUCAA